AUGAGGUUCUCCGACUUCCCCGUGUUGAUACCGGCAUUCACUGCGCAUAUCCACAUCGACGCCCCCCUCGCGAUAUCCCACGACCUCCUCAACAUUCCCUUCCUCCCCAAUAGAGGCGGCAUCGUCUCGGAGCCAGGGUACCCUUUCCUCCUUCGGGCAACCUUUGUCCACGGCAGCGACUACCUCCGGCGCGACCACGACGGCCGGCACGUCCGGCUGGAAGUCACGAGCACGGCGCGGGACGAUGAGAAUGGCAGUCUCGUCCGCUUCAGUUACAGUGGGAUCGUGGACGUCACGGGGGACGCGGGGAGCGUCAUCCGAGGUGACGGGAAUGCAACGACGACGGGGUUCGGCAACGCCUUUGUGCAGGUCAGGUUCGAGACCGAGGACGCUUUCCUACGGCCCAUUGAAGACAGAGUGUACGUCGGUUCCGGGCGGUUCAUAGUAGAGGCGAAUGCGCCCACUGUGGUCGAAUACAAGAUAAGCGAGGUGGCAGCCGCGUGUAUGGCGGUGUAUUGA